AGAUACCCUACAGGAUAGACAUAAAUAUGAGGAAGAACCAAUGGAAGGAAAGAAAAUGGAAGAAGAAAGAGAAGCCGUGAAGGAACAGCUAGCUUCAGCUCAGAUUGUUGAAUCAGUUGAGUUUAAAUCUCAGUUAUUUACUGCUGAUGUCCACGAAGAGAUUGAGGAGCAAACCUCAUAUGUGGAGGAGACAUUUGUCAUUGAAAACCUUGAGACCCGACAAGCUGCUGUUGUCAGAGAAGAAGUAGAAUCCUAUGAAAUUCCCAAACAAGAUGAAGAAAUUUUGUCAGAUGCCAGAGAAAGUGUUGAGGCUGUUGAAGAAGUUCACUCUGACAGGGCCACAGAGAUUGGGGAGGGGGUGGAAGUGGUGGAAGUCAUUACAAAGGUAGAUGAGUACAUUGAGGAAGAUGAAGAAAAAGUUGAAACACUUAGUCCUGUUUCAAUUCAGGAUGUUACUGUUGUGGAGGAGGCAUUUGUUUCCCAAACAGUGGAGGAACAAGAUUUACAAGUUGUUGAAACUCAGUUCACAAGUCAAGUGGACACUGUCCAUGUAGCCACGGAAGAAGCCGAUCAAAAGCCGACAAAACCAACAGAUUUGGAUUACCUUGAGAAGCCUCUAGAUAGAGAAGAAGAUGAUGUGGACAAGACGCCUGUAGUGACAGAGAGCAGAGAAGAUGAGUCACCAUUGACUGGCUUAAAGUAUGUCGCACUCACAGAUCCUGCUACCAAAGAGCUGGUGCGAGAACGUAUUGAAACCAUUGAAGAAGUUGUUGCUAAAAUGGAGAGGAGCUAUGAGCUGAAAACGUCAGAGAGCCUAGUCUGCUCCCACAGUGAGCUCAAAGGGGAGGAGGUCAAAGAGACAUCUCAAGAGUUGAUAAGGGAUGAGAUGAGAAGCGAGUUGACAGAGGAUGCAAGUGAAACAACGCAAGACUUUUCAGACAUCAAGAGUGAAAUGAUAGAAUCUUUGGACAGUCAGCAUGACUUUGAGAUAUAUAAGGAGGCAGACACUGAAGCAGUGCAAGCAAACAUUCAAUACGACCAUCAGCCACGGGAAGACAACCAAGUGGAGGAGAGUGAAGAUAUCACACCAGCUUAUGAAGAAAAAGAAGUUGAGCUUGAGAGUGAUGAAGAUAAAUCUGACAUUGGGGAUUUCAUGGACUCUGUAGAGACCCAGGAUAUUGAAGAAACUGAAAACAUUGAGAAAGAAGUAGAGACGGAGCAACAAGAUGAUGAAUUUUUUGCUUCUGAAUCGGUGUUUACAGACACCAUUGAAAAGGAUACCAAAGAUGAUGUCUCAGGUACCAUAGUACAUCAUGAAUUGAAAGAAGAAAGAAGUGAAAUCAGUACACAGUUUGAAGUUUCAGAAAAUAUCUUGGCUGACACAGCUAGAAUCAUCAGCAAAGAAAUUGAAGGAGAAGAGGAGAGUAGUGAAGCUGACAUAAGUGAGGACAAAGAGAAUAUUGAACCCGUAGCUGCUGUUGAUAUGGAUGAAAGGAAAGAGGAUGAGUUUGUUCAAGAGGAGGAGAUUAGUAGGGGGAAAACUGAAGAGCGGGGUUUGGAAGACGAGUUGGAGAGUGUAGCAGCCACAGCUGGCAGUGACGUCGGCGGUAUGGAUGAGGUGGAACAGGAGUCAACAUCUGAUACAAAGGAGAAUGAGGUUUCAGAAACACAGGAACACUAUGAAAAUGAGUUAUUGAGAGAAUCACAUGAAGAAGUUAGCUAUCAUCUUACUGAAGAAUACAAGACCAGUCAGCAUACCUUCUCAGAGGUGUCACAGCUACGCACUGAAACUGAAGGCCUAAUAGGUCAAACAGCAGGCCAAGGCUCUGAGGAAUUUGACAUGCAGAGAUCCUAUAUUGAAGAGUAUCUGGAGAGUCCUGUACCCUGUGAUGAGGAAAUUGUAGUUAAAGAUAAAACUCAAGCUGUGGCUGCUGCCGUCAUAAGUGUUCCUGAUGAGGAGGAGGAUGAAAUAAAGGAGACUGUUGUGGCAACUAAAGCACGGGCUGUGCAUGCUGAUAUUACCACUCAGCGUGAUGAUGAAGCUGAUGAAAUCCAAGAGGAAAGAGAUAUCAUGGGUGAAGUUAGGGAAGAAAUAGUACUGUCGUCUACAGAGUCAGUCUCUCACACCUUGACCCAGUUCGUUUGUGAUGAGCAUGAAUCCUUCAUCAGCGAAGUCUCCACCAAAGAAACUGUGAGCCACUACAAACCAGAUCAGCUGGAUGGCCUUACAGUGUCACUAGAUACAGAAACUGGCAUAUCCACUCUACCAGAUGAGGAAGAGGAUGCUGAGAUAAAGGAUGUUACCAAAGAGGAGUUCCUCCAGUCCUAUUCUGAUGACAGGCAGUAUGAUGAAACAGAUCUUACCACUCACAUAGAACAACAAGAUGGAGCAGCAUCUGAAGUCCCCAUGGAUUACACAGGGGAUACAGCAGACUUUGAAGCGCCAGAUGUCACUGAAGAAGAGCUCGCAGAAUUCGAGGAAACAGAAAAGGCAAUUGAAAAGGAAAUGGAAGAAUCACAGGAAGACAAAGUCUACACCUACCCAGAAAUAACCUACACUGUGGCUGAGGAUAUACGCUAUGACCAGAAUGAUGAAGAGCCUGGAGCCAGUGACCACAGUGCAGAAAUGCCCCAAGAAGCAGAGAAAUGUGUCCUUGAUGAGACUGAGCCAACUCUUACUCAAGAUUCCUCUUACAGAACUGAAGAACAUGUUAUCAAAUCUGAGGAGUAUGAAUACGAAGAAAAGUCUGCUACCAAGAAAGAAGAAACAGACUCUGAAUAUAAACAUGUUGAGACACAGGAAACGUCUGAACAAACAGGUGAGACCAAAGUUAAAUACAUGGAAGACAAAUACAUGGAAGACAAAUACGAAGAAUACAGGUUAGAUCAACAGGAAGAUGUAACUUACAAGUCUGGUGGCCUCGAUCAAAGGAAUGAAGAAUAUAAAGCAAAUGAGUGGGAACUUCUAGACAGAGAUGAGUUGACACUGGAUCAGAUCACCCAGACUGCAAUGCUGUCACUCUCACACAGUGAACAGCAAAAGUAUAGAGACCCCUAUGAUACUACAGCGCAAUAUGUACAAGAUGAAACAGCACAAGAACAAAAGGAUAAAGGAGAUUUGAAAUGUGUUCAGGAGCAAGAAGAGGAGACUGAAGAAUUGGUUCAGGAACAAGAGGGGGAAAGAGAGAAACAAUGGGAGCAGGAAGAUGAACAUGAGGAAAUAGAUGAACAAGAAGAAGAGAGUGAUGAACAAGAGGAGAAAUAUGAGUUUGUGGAUAAAGAAAGGCUGAGACAGGAACAAGAAGAAGAAGAUGGGUUGGUUUUGGAACAAGAUGAAGAACAGGAUAAAGAGGGAGAGAAAUAUAUUCAAGAGCAAGGGCAGAGGGAGGCAGAGUUUUAUGAGAGAGAAGUUGGACAAGGUGAAGUGAAAGAGCAGGGUGAGGAAUUCAUUCGGAAACAAGAUAAUAGAGAUAAAUUAAAGGAACAAAGAGAUGGAGGGAAAGAUCAAAAGGAAUGUUAUCAUGAGCACGAAAGAAGUGAGGAACUUGUUCAGGAACAUGAAGAUGUAGAGAAAUAUGUUCAGGAACAAGAAGGUUUAGAGAAAUAUGUUCAGGAACAAGAAGAUGUAGAGAAAUAUGUUCAGGAACAAGAAGAUGUAGAGAAAUAUGUUCAGGAACAAGAAGAUGUAGAGAAAUAUGUUCAGGAACAAGAAGAUGUAGAGAAAUAUGUUCAGGAACAAGAAGAUGUAGAGGAAUAUGUUCAGGAACAAGAAGAUGUAGAGAAAUAUGUUCAGGAACAAGAAGAUGUAG